GAUCACACCACUGCACUCCAGCCUGGGUGACAGAGCAAGAAUUCGUCUCAAAACAACAACAACAAAAACAAAAACUAUUUAAAUGAGACAGGGAGGGCAUUGGGGUGUCUGUGCCCAAAAUGAGGUCUGGUGUCACUCAACCCUUUCUUCAUUCACUCGGCACACAGAUACUGAGCACCUGGAAAUGCACCCAGUACACAGCCAGUUGUUAGGGCACCAAAAAGAUAAGGCAUAGGACCAGCCUUGGGGAUCCCUAGUUUAGGGCUGCGAAGGGUUUUUAAGGCAAGAUCCCCUGGAGCGGCUGAGGCAGUCCUAAGCCUGAAGGGCCUGGCUCGGGCUCCCUGGCAACCACCGAGCGUCUUCCCCUUCCCACCCUGUCCCUCAGCACAGCUGCUGACAUAAACCUACUACAUGGCUGGUUGACCAUGAGAUGUGGCCAUCAAUAGACAUUGCUGAAGCAUGAAGAGCAGGUGGCCAGGAAGCUGGGGGUCAGGACUCCAGACGCAAGCCGCCCUCCUCAACCCCAGCUCUCACCGUCCUCCCAAGGUCCAGAUAAUGGAUCGUGCAUUUAGGUUCCCAAACACUUGCUGUGCAACAUGCAGUAGACAAAGCAGACCAAAGCCUUUGCCCUCAGGAGGCUGGCAUUCUAGCUCAGGAGCCAGCCAAGACAAUGUCGCACUGAAGAAAGACAACAAAAGUGAGAUUCACGGGAGGGAUCAGUGUGGCUGAGGCACCCCGGAAGGCCCUUGGAGGAGGUGACUUUGGGCAAAGAUCCAGACGCCAGGUGGGUGGGGCCAAAGCAGAGAAGAUCUGGAAAACCCAACAGCUGCCCAGGGCUUCACUUUUGCUAUAGGAGGGGAAAUGGCACUGCUUUGGAUUCUUCCUCGGUUUUGUCCAUUUCUCGGUUCCCAACAACAGACUGAACAGUAGGAGGCCGGUUCUCUGCUUACAGCGGGUGCUGCACCCCAUGCGCAGCUCUCGAGAAAAAGGAGAGCAUGGACCAAUUUAGUGACUCCAAGGUAUGAAAGCAGUGAGAUGGUGUCUUUGAGGGAGUUAGUGAUAGGCUGAGACCUCCUUGCUGUUUCCCCUGAAGCCUGGUGACUGGAGCUGCCAGGAGGCCACACAGAGAGAGGUUUAUGAUGGGAGACCUGGAAUUCAGAAGGGGCAGAGUGGUCAGGUGACCCACACACGCCUGAGAAAACUGAUGUGGAGAGGCUGUGUUGUCAUUCUGAGGCAGGAAACAGACAGACAGACAGACACCGGCACAGUGAGAGACAGAGACAGAAUCACAGAGCAGAGCUGGCUUCUCACCAGCAGGCGUGGGCACACCUGAGGAAGCAUCCAGCGAGGUUAGAAAUCUUCCUUAGGUCCUCCUGGGAGACUCAGGUGACCCAAAUGGGAAACAUGAAAGGCUGGGAGGAUUCCCAGGGCUGAGAGAAGGAAGCUACGCAGCCGGCCGGUGCCACAUUCCUUGUGCCUCAGGGAGUGCCCUGCCCCCCAAUGUCCCCAGCCAUGCACCCUGGGGGGAGUCAGCUUGGACAUCUGCGCCACCCCUUGACAGGCAAAGUGGGGGCCACAACCUGGGUCCUCCAGUGCCAGCCAGCAGAGGCUGCUCCCAUCCCUUGCCUUCCUCCUCCUGCUCCUUCCUCCAGUGCUGGAAAGGUCAGAAGCCACCACCAUGGAACUAGAGGGGAAGGAGAGGGAGAACAGAGGGGCCCCUCCUUGCAAAAACUAAAACAAGCCCACAACCUGUGCAGAGCCGCACCUGGGUGUGAUCACUCCUUUUCCCACACACCCACUGCCACAUGGAGAUGGCUUCAUGGCUGCGGUCACGGGCCACCCUGUGUUGUCAGAGCAUCUUCCCAGCCCCUCACCUCCUCUGGUGUGGCCUCACCUCCAGCCGGGAUGCCCCAUUAGCUGCUCACCCAAGCUGCUAGAACCUCAGGCUAAUGGCCCUGCCACCUGCCCUCCUCCCCUUCCGGCUCACUGCUUAUCCCGGGCAUCCUCCAUCAGCCCGCUGAGGGGACUGCUGAGCCUCAGAGACAUCUGGCAGCGCCAGGAGAGUCUCAGAAAUCGAGAAGCCUUCUUCCUCUGCACCACCCAGCCAUGCACCCUGGGGGAGUCGGCUUGGACAUUUGUGCCACAUCCUAUCUCCUGUGACACUGCAGGAGCUUCCCUGGUUUUGAGAAGUGAUAUGGUGGAGAGAAAGCACAGGACUAGGGGCCACAGGUCCUGGCUUCUCAUCCAGGCUCCGGGGCUCCCUGGCUGCUGCCUUCCUCUGUGGGCCUCCGUUUCCUCGGUGAUCCCAUCAGGCGAAUUCUAAUCCUCCAGGCAGGGCUGGAACCCGCAAGUGAUCCCAGGAGCCCCUUCUCUCAGGAGCCCCAAGAUCUGAGACCAGGGAGCCAGCUGCACACAGGAGUCCUGCAGGCCAGGACAGUGGCCCCAUGGACCUGCCCCCGCAGCUCUCCUUCGCCCUCUAUGUGGCAGCCUUUGUGCUGGGCUUCCCGCUCAACGUCCUGGCCAUCCGAGGCGCGAGGGCCCACGCCCGGCUCCGUCUCACCCCCAGCCUGGUCUACACCCUGAACCUGGGCUGCUCCGACCUGUUGCUGACAGUCUCCCUGCCCCUGAAGGCGGUGGAGGCGCUGGCCUCCGGGGCCUGGCCUCUGCCGGCCUCGCUGUGCCCCGUCUUCGGGGUGGCCCACUUUGCUCCACUGUAUGCUGGCGGGGGCUUCCUGGCCGCCCUGAGUGCAGGCCGCUACCUGGGAGCGGCCUUCCCCUUGGGCUACCAAGCCUUCCGGAGGCCGUGCUAUUCCUGGGGUGUGUGCGCGGCCAUCUGGGCCCUCGUCCUGUGUCACCUGGGUCUGGUCUUUGGGUUGGAGGCUCCGGGAGGCUGGCUGGACCACAGCAACACCUCCCUGGGCAUCAACACACCGGUCAACGGCUCUCCUGUCUGCCUGGAGGCCUGGGACCCGGCUUCUGCCGGCCCGGCCCGCUUCAGCCUCUCUCUCCUGCUUUUUUUCCUGCCCUUCUCCAUCACAGCCUUCUGCUACGUGGGCUGCCUCCGGGCACUGGCCCACUCCGGCCUGACUCACAGGCGGAAGCUGAGGGCCGCCUGGGUAGCCGGCGGGGCCCUCCUCACGCUGCUGCUCUGCCUAGGACCCUACAACGCCUCCAACGUGGCCAGCUUCCUGCAACCCAAUCUGGGAGGCUCCUGGCGGAAGCUGGGGCUCAUCACGGGUGCCUGGAGUGUGGUGCUCAACCCGCUGGUGACCGGUUACUUGGGAAGGGGUCCUGGCCUGAAGACAGUGUGUGCGGCAAGAACGCAAGGGAGCACGUCCCAGAAGUAACGCCACCGCUCGGGGGAAGGAGCAUGAGGCAGGAGGGCCUGGCUGCUUCUCCAGGCCCCUGCGGAGGGCUGCUUCGGAGGAACUGCAGGGCAGCCUGGCCCGGAGGCCUCCCUGGAGCCACUCAAGCGGAGAGCGGCGCCUGCUGAGGGCAGCACCCCAGUCAAGAGAGGAGCACGGAGCCAAAGCACGGCGGCAGGGGGAGGUAAGCUUGCCCCUGCACACGUCGGCCCCUUUGCUCGUCUGUCUGUCUCUCCCCUCUGCACGUCCUCACCUGCCUGUCUUCAGUGGGCCGCGAGCAGAGGCCUUGUACUUACGGGAAGGAGGAGGCAAGCUGUUUCUGACCCACAGGUGUGGUCACUCCGGUGAUGCACUUGAGGACAGGCUAGGCUGAAAUCAGUUCUCAGGUGAGAACAUUUGAUUUCGGAGUAGGAGAGGAGGCAGGAGUCAGGAUAAUGACACUGUUAUACCAUGUGAAACUCGCAAGGGGGCAGCCUUGGAGCUGGGAACGGAGGCUGGCGGGAAAAGAUGUUUCAGCCGGGGAGGGAAAAGGCAAGGUCCCGCAGUGAUGGGCAGAGGCCACGCAGUUGACUCUUGAACAACGUGGGGAUGGGGUGCCGAACCCCCACGCAGUGGAAAAUCUGUGCAUAACUUUGACUCCUUCCAAAGUUAAACUACUAAUAGCCUAUUGUUGACCAAAAGCUUUACUCAGUAUAUAAACAAUUGAGUAAGACAAUUUGAAGCCAGACACAGUGGCUUAUGCCUGUAAUCCCAGCACUUUAGGAGGCUGAGGCCGGAAGACUGCUUGAAGCCAGGAGUUCAAGACCAGCCUGGGCAACAUAGUGAGACCCCCCCCCCCACCUCUACAAAUAAUAAAAAUAAAAAUAAUUAGCUGGGCGUGGUUGUGCAUGCCUGUAGUCCCAGCUACUCAGGAGGCUGAGAUGGGAGGAUCGCUUGAGCCCAGGAUCGAGGCUGCAAUAAGCCAUGAUCGCACCACUGCACUCCAGCCUGAGUGACAGAGCAAGACCCUGUCUCUGGAAAAAAAAGGAAAAAGACAUAUUUUGUAUGUUAUAUGUAUUAUGUGCUGUAUUCUUACAAGAAAGUAAGCUAGAGAAAAGUACAUGUUACUGAAAACAUUAUUAGAAACAGAAAAUACCUUCACAGCACUGUGCUGUAUUUAUCCAUACCGUAAGUUUAUGCUGUCAGUUUAUAACAGAAAGUGUCUGUCUGAAGCAGCAGUAACCACAGCUGCAGAACUCAAUCUAUGGUAGAUAUCAAGCAGUUCAACCUUUUUUUGUAAUAUUGUAACUUUUCUUUGCUUCUUGGAAGCAGUCUGGCAUCACUAGCAGCCCCGCAUAUGAGGCCCAGGGGGUUAUUCAGAGUUUACGGUAUUGCACUAAACGUGGUGAAA